GCGACGCGGUGGGGGGGGCCGCGCACAAGGCACGCACGUCCGGCGCGAGCCUACAGGCCCCAGCCCCCGCGGCCUCGCACGACCUAUCCCUGUUCCGGCGCUUCUGGCCCCUGAGACCCCGCCGCGCGCAGCCUGUCUCGGCUGUCUUAUCCCGCGCCUCCCCCGCAGCGUCUUAUCCACCCCCGCAGCCGGGCUCCUGGGAGGACCUCGCCCAGUGGUGGCCCGCCCUCCGGACCUGGGCCCGGCUCGAGAGUGACCCAGGAAGGGGCUGAAAGUCCAGACGAAGGGUGGGGUGGGGUGUCGGCUCACAGGCAGCCUUAGAGAAAGUCUACCCUUGACCUGUGUCUGAGGGGCUGUCGGUGGGACGUGGGGCAUGAGGCAGCCUUGGGCUAGAGCUUGGGGCUGGCCCCCAGCAGGGCAGCAGGCUUGGAGGGCAAAGACUUGUUUAGGGCCGAGAGCCAGCCACCAAAUGGUGGUGCCCUCUUCACUCAUCCCAGCAAAGAGACACUGCCUUAGGGAGCCCGUGUGGGUCUGGAGCAGCCACCUUUCCCGGGACCCGAGCGACUCAAUGGGCACAUGUGGGAAUGAAUGAAGCCACAUAGCCUUAAAAUAACUUAAGAAACAAUUUGUUUUUGUUUUUUGCGGUACGCGGGCCUCUCACUGUUGUGGCCUCUCCCGUUGCGGAGCACAGGCUCCGGACGCGCAGGCUCAGCGGCCAUGGCUCACGGGCCUAGCUGCUCCGCGGCAUGUGGGGUCUUCCCGGACCGGGGCACGAACCCGUGUCCCCUGCAUCGGCAGGCGGACUCUCAACCACUGCGCCACCAGGGAAGCCCAAGAAACACAAUUCCUGCAGACUCUUUUUUCCUGAGGAUCCUAUUAAGAUUGUCCGGGGCCAAGGGCAAUACAUGUAUGAUGAACAGGGGGCGGAAUACAUCGAUUGCAUCAACAAUGUGGCUCACGUUGGGCACUGCCACCCUCUCGUGGUCCAAGCAGCACAUGAACAGAACCAGGUGCUCAACACCAACAGCCGGUACCUGCACGACAACAUCGUGGAUUACGCACAGAGGCUGUCCGAGACCCUACCGGAGAAGCUCUGUGUAUUUUAUUUCCUGAAUUCUGGGUCAGAAGCCAAUGACCUGGCCCUGAGGCUGGCGCGCCAAUACACAGGACACUGGGACGUGGUGGUAUUAGAUCAUGCUUAUCAUGGUCACCUGAGCUCCCUGAUCGACAUCAGCCCCUACAAGUUCCGGGACCUGGAUGGCCAGAAGGAGUGGGUCCACGUGGCACCUCUCCCAGACACCUACCGGGGCCCCUACCGGGAGGACCACCCCAAUCCAGCUGUGGCCUAUGCCAGCGAGGUGAAACGUGUGGUCAGCAGCGCACAGGAGAAGGGCAGGAAGAUUGCAGCGUUCUUUGCUGAGUCUCUGCCCAGUGUGGGAGGGCAGAUCAUUCCUCCUGCUGGCUACUUCCCAGAAGUGGCAGGGCACAUCCGCAGGGCCGGAGGGGUCUUUGUUGCAGACGAGAUUCAAGUGGGCUUUGGCCGAGUAGGCAAGCACUUCUGGGCCUUCCAGCUGCAGGGGGAAGACUUUGUCCCCGACAUUGUCACCAUGGGCAAGUCUAUUGGCAAUGGCCACCCUGUAGCCUGUGUGGCCACAACACACGCUGUGGCGAGGGCAUUUGAAGCCACCGGCGUCGAGUACUUCAACACGUUUGGGGGCAGCCCAGUAUCCUGCGCUGUUGGGCUGGCCGUCCUGGAUGUCUUGGAAAAGGAGCAGCUGCAGGCUCAUGCUGCCUCUGUGGGCAGCCUCCUGAUGGAGCUCCUUGGACAGCAGAAAGCCAAACAUCCCAUCCUUGGGGACAUCAGGGGCGUUGGGCUCUUCAUUGGUGUGGAUCUGAUCAAAGAUGAGGCCACAAGGAUGCCAGCAACCGAAGAGGCUGACUAUGUGGUGUCCAGGCUGAAAGAAAACUACAUUUUGUUGAGCACCGACGGCCCCGGAAGGAAUGUCCUGAAGUUCAAGCCCCCGAUGUGUUUCAGCUUGGACAACGCACGACACGUGGUAGCAAAGCUGGAUGCCAUCCUGACAGACAUGGAAGAGAAAGUGAGAAGUUGCGAGACACUGAGGCUCCAGCCCUGAGGCAGCUCUGCUGAGGGGUGUCCUCUAGGUUCACACUGUCUUUGCUGGGAGAGAGAAUCCCAUUUCCAAUGGCAAGUCAAGACAGGUGUUCCAAGGUGCUCCAGACUCGAACUGCCCUGGGGACACUGGGGCAGUGUCCCCACUGAGGGUGGUAACCCUCACUGUACUGUUUUCACCCCCCUGAACAGCUGCCCCAAAUAUCUGAGCCACUCCACUUUCUUUGAAGGGGCACAAGUCCUAGGCAGGGCCAAGUCAUUAAAGGAAACUAACCAAA